AUGAAAAUCGCAUUAUCUACAUGGCUCACAGUAGCCUGCCUUCUCCCUUCAACUUUUGCUUUUCCACAGCUCAGUCCUGAACAGCUCGAUGCAUAUCGCCAACACGCUGAGAGGACACCUGAAGCUUGCCCAUUCGCGCAGAAGGAGAAGCGAGCUACCACGUUCGAUGCCAAGAAGCAGCGCAUCAGCGUCAGUGGUCAGCAUGCCUUCCGUGCGCCCCAGGCCGGUGAUGAGCGAGGUCCUUGUCCAGGUCUAAAUGCACUGGCCAACCAUGGAUAUUUGCCUCAUAAUGGAGUCGCAGACAUGCAGACCAUUAUCCAGGCCACAAACGAAGUCUACGGAAUGAGCCUUGACCUGGGAGGCUUCUUGGCUGUCUACGGCACCGUAAUCAACGGCAAUCCACUCUCGACCAGUCCUGGCUACUCCAUUGGUGGCCCCAGCCGCUUCAGCCAGAACAUCCUCAACGGUGGCGGUAUCCUUGGUACUCCUUCUGGUCUCAGCGGAAGCCAUAACAAGUACGAGAGUGAUGCCAGCUCCACUCGGGGUGAUCUCUAUGUGACCGGCAAUAACUUUCACCUCAUUCUCAGUCGCUUUGAAGAAUACUGGCGCGCCAUCAAACCCAACACGCCUGCUCCAAAACAAUACACCGCCCUAGCACCGUUCCACUACAAACAGUUCCAGGACUCGGAGAAAACCAACAGCCACUUCUUCUACUCGCCUUUCGCUGGAGUCUUGGUCUCGCCUGCUGGGUAUUCAUUCCCUCCGCGAAUGAUGGCCAACCACUCAAAUGAGUACCCCGAGGGAUAUCUCUCUCGUGAAGUCUUUACCACAUUUUUUGGUGUCAAGGGCGACAAACCUGGCAACUUCAAAGUUAACCAGGGCUGGGAGCGUAUCCCUGAAAACUGGUACCGCCGCCCGGUAGACGACGAGUUCUCUACCAAUGACUUCCUUAUUGAUGUUCUCGAGCACGCGACCAAGUAUCCUCGUCUCUUGAACGUUGGUGGAAACACCGGCAAAGUCAAUAGCUUCGCUGGUGUGGACAUUGGCGACCUCACCGGUGGCGUCUUUAACACAGCUGGGCUCCUCAAGCCCGACAAUCUCGAGUGCUUCGCUAUGCAGAUUAUAAUGGCUGCUGCACCUGAUUUUAUCGGAAGUCAGUUCACUGAUGUCAAGAAGGCGUUGACACCAUUGAGUGAUAAGCUUCGCCAGCUUCUCGCGGGCAAGACAUGUCCCAAGCUCCAAAAGUAUAACCAUAAGCUGUUUGCCAAAUACCCUGGCUACACUGAGCCUUAUGGCAGCUACGCUGGUGUUUCCAAGGGUUCGCUCAAGGGUAUUAUUGAGACGACCAAGGGCAUUCUGGGAGGACUUUGGCCAACUGGCAAGUAG